AUGUCCGAAGCACGUACUGUUUUAUUUCGAUUAUCCAAUCUAGGUGAGCCGGUCAAUAAUGAGAAUAUUGCUAAUGGAGUGUUGAUUUUACCAGUAGUAGAAUUACCAUCAAAUUAUAAACCGGGUGAUGCUUUAUUCCAGCUUAGAUUUCAAUUAAAUGCUGCUAGUAAAGUAUCAAGAAAUGGGACUUUAUACACUAAUGUGCCCUCAAAGUAUGAACAAGAUUUUGAUAGAAACACUCAUUACCAAUAUCCAAUUAAAUCGUCGUUUCAUGAAGAUAUUACAAUUACUGUUCCAAUUUAUAAACCAGGUAGUUAUAACUAUUAUAUUGAAUAUGAUGAUGAAGAAGAUAAUAAAAAAACCACUGAAAAAUAUUACUUUAAUGUCCCGCCAAAUUUGACUAUCAAUGGUAAAUUUGUUCCAUUCAAUAAUAUCAAUGUUGAGACCGUGGUUUCCAAGUGGAUUGGUCCUUAUGAAAACUGGGACAAGUUUUUCAAGAUUGUGGCACAAAAGGGGUAUAAUAUGAUCCAUUUCACUCCAUUACAAGAACGUGGUGAAUCCGAUUCCCCUUAUUCGAUUUAUGAUCAAUUGAAGUUUGACCCGAAGAUUUUCCCUGGCAGUGAUAAAGAUGCUAUACAAAAAAUCCAUAAAGUGUUAAACGAUAACCAAUUGUUGUCAUUAACCGAUGUCGUUUGGAAUCAUACUGCCAAUAAUUCUGAAUGGUUGAGAGAACACCCAGAUUCAGGUUACAAUGCUACUACUGCCCCUCAUUUGAUUCCAGCAAUUGAAUUAGAUGAGGCAUUGUUGGAGUUUUCCCACAGUUUGCAAGAAUUAGGUUUACCAACAGUCCUUGAAUCAGAAGCAGAUUUACAAAAAGUCAUGGACGGUAUUCAAACUCACGUGUUGGAUAAAUUAAAAUUAUGGGAAUAUUAUGUUUUCAAUAAAAGACAAACAAUCGUUGACUUGGAAAAAUCUUUUAAUGACAAUAAGAACAAUAUCAAUAAAAUCCAAAUUCCUAAUGAUGUCGACUCUCAAGAUUUGAAACAAUUGAGUGAUUAUGUUUUAAAAGUGGCCAAUAUCAAUCCAACACCUAUUAUAGGCGACAGAUUUGCCAACAAGUUGAAUGUUGAUAAAUUUUUAGGGGUUUUAUUUACAGUAUUUGAUAACAAUGUUGAAUUUGAAACCAUUGCCAACAGGGCUGAAGAGAUUAUUGAUGAGAUAAAUAGUGAUUUGUAUGCUGCAUUUGAUGAUGAUACCAAUAGUAUCAAACAACAAGUUGCCGAUCGUAUCAAAUAUUUGAGAUUGGCUGAUAAUGGGCCCAAAUUAGGUGAAAUCACUGAUAAAUCACCAUUGACUGAACCAUAUUUCACCAGAUUCACCGAUGUUAAUGGUAAAAAACAAGCUUUAGCCAAUAAUGGUUGGAUUUGGGGAGGUAAUCCAUUAGUUGAUUUUGCUUCAAAUAAAUCAAAGGCAUAUAUUCGUCGAGAAGUUAUUGUUUGGGGUGAUUGUGUCAAAUUGAGAUAUGGUGAGAAAUUUGAAGACUCACCAGAAACAUGGAAACGUAUGAUUGAAUAUACUCAAUUGUCUGCCAAGACUUUCAAUGGGUUUAGAAUUGACAAUUGUCAUAGUACCCCAUUACACGUUGGUGAAAGAUUAUUAGAUGAAGCAAGAAAAGUUAAUCCUAAUCUUUAUGUCAUUGCUGAAUUGUUUAGUGGUUCUGAAGAAAUGGAUAAAAUUUUUGUCGAAAGAUUAGGGAUCAAUUCAUUGAUUAGAGAAGCAAUGCAAGCAUGGAGUGUAGGUGAAUUAUCUCGUUUAGUUCAUAAACAUGGUGGUAGACCAAUUGGUUCGUUGACUUGGUUACCAUUAGAUGAUUUCACUUAUCCUGCUGCUAAUGAACCAGUCAAGGAUAAAUUCAUUGAUGGAUAUACCGAAUUGGAAAUUCCUAAAGUGUUAACCUGUCAAGCUCCUCAUGCAAUUUUCAUGGAUUGUACUCAUGAUAAUGAAAUGCCAGCACAAAAGCGAACUGUUGAAGAUACAUUACCUAAUGCGGCAUUAGUAGCAUUUUGUUCGUCGGCUAUUGGGUCAGUUUUUGGUUACGAUGAAUGUUAUCCUAAAUUGUUGAAUGUUGUCAGUGAAACCAGACAUUAUGAUCUUGAUAGUGAUAAUGGUAUUGGUAAGGUUAAAGCCAAAUUGAAUAAAAUUAGAGAUGAUCUUGUUCAAGAAAGUGAGGACGUCACCCGUGAUCAUGAAAUGUAUAUUCAUCAUGAAGGACAAUAUAUCACUAUUCAAAGAUAUAAUGCAAGAACAGGUAACGGUUGGUUUUUAAUUGCCAGAAGCAAAUUUUCUGAUCAUGAGUCUGCCCAAGGCUUAUCACCAUCAAUCCUUGGUGGCACUAAAGUGAAACAUCAAUUUAGUUACAGUUUGAUAAGACAACCAGGUGAUUAUGAAUCACAACAAGAUAAAUUGACAGGUAUUCCUGUACAAGUUGAAGCUAUUCAAAGUCCAUCGAUCGAAUACACUGAUGAUGGUGAUUCAAUAAUUACUAUUGAUGAAGCCUCGUUCAUUCCUGGAUCUAUUGCUGUUUUCUCCACUGAAAUUCCCGGAGUUGAUGUGAAAUUAGACAAUUUUGUGAAACAAGGAGCCAUUGAAGCAUCGAUUGGGUUAGAUUUAUACGAUUUGAAUGCCUUAUUAUAUCGUGCUUCCACUGAAGAAUUGGAUGCUAGUAAUGGCAAAGAUGAUGUUUAUGAUAUUCCAGGGUAUGGAAGAUUGACAUAUGCUGGAUUGGAAGGUUGGAAUACAGCAUUGAAACAUGUCAUUUGGCAAAAUAAUUUGGGUCAUGCAAUCUGUGAUCAUUUACGAAAUGGUGAUUGGGCUUUUGAUUAUGUGGUUAAUCGAUUAGAUAAAUAUGCCGCCAAACUGGAAAACUUAUCAAAAUUCCAAGAUUGGUUACGCUCUCGAUUUGAUGCUGUUAAAAAGAGCAAAGCGCCAUAUUUCUUACGACCACAUUAUUUUGCUCUUAUUAUGGGUAUUGCUUAUGAAGCAGCCAGAUUUAGAGUUAUUAGACAAAUGAGUGAUGGAAUUAAAGUGGCUACUAAUUUUGUUCAAAGUCUUGCUCUCACAUCGGUGCAAAUGGUGGGGUAUAUGCAAAACACUUCUUUAGUACCAGACAAACAAGUGCCAUGUAUGGCCGCUGGGUUACCUCAUUUCAGUAAUGAUUAUAUGAGAUGCUGGGGUAGAGAUGUUUUCAUUGCCUUUAGAGGGUUAUUAAUUGUCACUGGAAGAUAUGAUGAUGCCAAACAACAUAUUUUAGGAUUUGCCAAGACUUUGAAACAUGGGUUAAUUCCUAAUUUAUUGGAUGCUGGACGUAAUCCUCGUUAUAAUGCUAGAGAUGCAGCAUGGUUUUUCUUACAAGCGAUUCAAGAAUAUGUUACUUAUGCUCCUAAUGGUAUUGAUAUUUUGGAUGAAAAAGUCACUCGUAGAUUCCCAUUGGAUGAUACUUAUAUUCCAGUUGAUGAUCCCCAAGCUUUCAGUUAUGAAUCUUCCAUUAGAGAAAUCAUUUAUGAAAUUUUAUCACGUCAUGCUAAAGGUAUUAAAUACCGUGAAGCCAAUGCAGGACCAAAUUUGGAUUCACAAAUGAGAGAUGAAGGGUUCAAUGUUGAAGUUGGAGUUGAUUGGACCAAUGGGUUAAUCUAUGGUGGUAAUCAAUUCAAUUGUGGUACUUGGAUGGAUAAAAUGGGUGAAAGUGAAAAAGCUCACAAUAAAGGUAUCCCAGGGACUCCACGUGAUGGAUCAGCAAUUGAAAUUCAAGGGUUAUUGAAGAGUGCAUUAAGAUUUGUUAAUAAAUUACACAAACAAGGUAAAUUUGAAUAUACUAAAGUUACCAAACCUGAUGGCUCUACUAUUUCGUUAGAAGAUUGGGAAUCAUUACUUGCUGAAAAUUUUGAAAAACAUUAUUAUGUUCCUAAAGAUCCCCAACAAGAUGAUCAAUAUGUUAUUGAUCCAUCAAUUGUUAAUAGAAGAGGAAUUUAUAAAGAUUUGUAUAAUUCAGGAAAACCAUUUGAAGAUUAUCAAUUACGACCAAAUUUUGCUAUUGCCAUGUGUGUUGCCCCUGAAUUAUUCACUCCAGAAAAAGCUCUUGGUGCCAUUAUAAUUGCUGAUAAAGCUAUUCGAGGACCUAUUGGUAUGAGAACAUUGGAUCCAUCUGAUUGGAAUUAUCGACCAUAUUAUGAAAAUUCCAUUGAUAAUGAUGAUUUUGCUACUUCAAAAGGUAGAAAUUAUCAUCAAGGACCAGAAUGGGUUUGGAAUACUGGAUAUUUCUUAAGAGCAUUUUUAUUAUUCCAUCAUUUAGAAGAAGAAUCCAGCAAAGCAUCUUCAUCACUGCCAUCGAUUAAGAUUUUGACAUUAUUGAAUGAUAGAUUACAAGGACAUAUAAAAUGGAUUAAAGAAAGUCCAUGGAAUGGAUUAACUGAAUUGACUAAUAAAGAUGGAUCAUAUUGUCAAGAUUCAAGUCCUACUCAAGCAUGGAGUGGUAGUUGUUUAUUAGAUUUAUAUUAUGAUCUUUGGAAUGAUAAACAUUUUCAAUAA